AUGGCGUUAGUGCGGGAGCCGAUGGUGAUGUACGACGGCGGCUUCGACGCCGAGGCGUGCGCAUUCGACGUUCUUGGCUACGGCGGCCACGACGCGCUGCUCGGAAGCGUGGACACGGCGGCGCUCUACGGGAGCUACGCCUACGCUCACGACGAGCCAGCCGGCGCCGCCAGCGCCUACGUGCCGGACAGCGCGAGCUGGGCGGGCGCGGGGCCGUCCGUGCUCUCGUUCGGCCGCGCCGCGCGGGGCCACGCGGCCCAGGCGGUCGCGCAGGAGGAGGCAGACUGCGACGCGUGGAUGGACGCAAUGGACGAGGAUCAGCACGCAGGGCCGGCGUCGACCAUAGGGUUCGACCCCACCACGGGCUGCUUCAGCCUGAUGCAGAACUCCGGCGGCGCAGGGCGGCCGUUCGGGCUCCUGUUCCCCAGCACGUCCAACGGCUCGCCCGAUGCUGUGGCGCCGGUGCGCGGUUCCUCGAAGCGAUCGUACGCGGCGCGCGUGCAGGACGCGGAGCCGCGGGCCGCCAAGAAGCCGUGCGGUGCGAGCAGGAAGACGAGCAAGGCGAAGCCGGCGGCGCCCACCACCACCUCUCCCAAGGGGGACCCGCAAAGCCUCGCCGCGAAGACCCGGCGGGAGAAGAUCAGCGAGCGGCUUCGGACACUGCAGGAGCUGGUGCCCAACGGGACCAAGGUCGACAUGGUCACCAUGCUCGAGAAGGCAUUCAGCUACGUCAAGUUCCUGCAGCUGCAAGUCAAGGUGCUGGCAACGGACGAGUUCUGGCCGGCGCAAGGGGGAACGGCGCCGGAGAUCUCCCAGGUGAAGGAGGCACUGGACGCCAUCUUAUCGUUGCAGAGGGGACAGCUUAACUGAACUUGGCUAGAAAGGGAAAACAGAUUAUAUAGCUUGCCUAUGCAC